AUGGAUCCUUCUUCCACAAACUCAGUGAAUGGUUUCUACUCUUUUCUAACAAGAGGAAUUGACGAUCUAGAAAGAGUUUUCUUAACCAACAAUUUCAUGUCCAUUCAAUUCCUUCAAAGAACUCUUUCUUUACUUCGAUCUUUACAUACCCAAUUGACCCUUUUGGUUCAAAAACUUCAUCUUCCUGUUGGUGAUAAAUGGCUUGAUGAAUACAUGGAUGAAAGUUCUAAGCUUUGGGAAGCUUGUCAUGUUCUUAAGUCUGGCAUUUCAGGAAUCGAAAAUUAUUACUCUGCUUCUUCUAACAUCACUUCAUCUCUUGAUUCUCAUAUUCACAUCACCCCACAAAUCUCUCGCCAGAUUGUGAGAGCAAUAUCGGUUUGUAGAAGAGAAGCUGUUGGGCUGGAAGAAGAGAAUCGUGCUUUGAUGGAGACAAGGAUUCAACCACUUUCAUUGCGUUUUGACGAACGAGUUUCAAUUGAAUCGAAACUUAACGGUUUCAACGGUUUCAGAGGAGUGUUAUACGCAAUGAGAAACGUGAGUUCGUUGUUGUUAAUGAUUCUGUUAUACGGUUUAGUUUACUGUUGGCCGGAAUCAUCGGAUUUGGUUUUCGGAGGGUACGAGGAAUAUGAGUACGAAGGUUGUCUUUUCCUCGGAUCGGCUUUUAUGAUCUCAACGGCGAGGCUGCAGCAGAGAGUGGCGGCGGAGAUGGGGAGAAUGAAUGGUGGGCCAGGGAUGUUGUUGCAUGAGUUUAGAAGAUCGAAGGUUGUUAUGGAGGAUCUUAGGGGGGAGUUAGAGAGAAGAGGUUUGCAAGGUGGUGGUGUUAUGGAGUGGGAGAAUGAAGAUGGUGUUAGAGAGAGAGUUGAGAAUUUGAGAGGCUCGUUUGGUGUUCUUAGAUCUGGUGCUGAUAAUCUUGUUGCUCAACUUGAUGAUUUCUUUGAUGAGAUUGUUGAAGGAAGGAAGAAGCUUUUGGAUUUUUGCAGUCAUAGAUGA